AUGGGGGACAGAAGCGUCAAGAACAAGGAGGUGAUGGAGCGGAGGUGGAAUCAGGCAGCCGGAAAUUUGGUAUCUCCAAUGUUAACCCGCACCAAUUACCAGGAGUGGUCCGCGCUUGUGCAAUGCAACCUUGAAGGCAUGUAUCUGUGGGAUGCGAUCGAAUCCGAUAAGUACAUGCUCCUGAACAAGAAGUCGGCAAAGGAGGCAUGGGAGGCAAUCAAGUCGAUGCGUCUCGGUGCGGAACGUGUCAAGGAGGUGAAUGCACAGAAGCUGUUGGCGGAGUUCGAGUCGAUCGCGUUCAAGAUGGGUGAGACGAUCGACGACUUCACCGUCCGCAUCACCAGGCUCGCCACUGAUCUGCGUGGUCUUGGCGAGGAAAGCGUGGAUGACACAUGA